GAGAAAGCAAUUCAAUGAAUAAGUAAGAACAAGUGCCUGUGUAACAAAGAGAGGAAGAAUAUUUAACCUUUUUUGUUAUAAUAUUGCGAUAAGUAUCCGCGAUACGUAUUCGUGGUUAACACAAAACUUACAACUUUGCGGUUCGAUCCUUGACGUCAUAUCGAUCCGGUGGAGCAUUAAAAUAUAUGCAAAACAGUUCGUUUAGCGGAAAAUGAAAACUAAUUUACUUUCAAAUAUCUGUGAAAGUAAUUGCUUCAGCAUGUAAGGCCUUUAUAUAAAGAAUGAUUCUGGCAAGUAUUUCUAUUUCAAUUGGUGUCGAGGAAAAACCGAAAGGUAUUUUAAUUGAAGAACUUAGUUAGGAUGAAGGAUAUAAUAGCUGACCUACCAAAAGGUCCUUUAGACUCUUAUAGAAAAUGUGCAGCAUUUGAUUGGAAGCUAUUGAAGCUUAAUUUAGAAGGAGAGGAUUUCGUGAAAUUUCAGAAUACUUUGUGGGAUUUUAUAAAAAAGUCACCAGCAUUUCAAAGACAUACCUGUGCUACUUUAGAUGAAGAACGAAGGCUUUGUAAUGCUCGUGUUCGAGCACUAAGGGACAACAAUAUUGCAAAUCCAUUAAUUCAUGCACAUUGGUUUAACAUAAUGUUUCAAUAUGAAGCAUCUAUACCAAUAAAAAUGGGCGUGAUGGAUGGUAUGGUACCAAGUUCAAUUCUUGCACUGGGCAAUGAAAAUCAUUUUCAGACUGUAGAAAAGAUUCAAGAAGGACAAUAUACAUGUUGUUUUGCACUAACGGAAAUAUCUCAUGGAACAAACGCAAAAGGAAUAAGAACUACAGCUACAUAUGAUGCAAAAUCAAAGGGUUUUAUCUUAAACACCCCUGAUUUUGAAGCUGCAAAAUGUUGGAUUGGUGGUCUAGGAAAAACUGCAACACAUGCUAUUGUGUUUGCACAACUAAUUACACCAGAUCAACAAAAUCAUGGACUUCAUACUUUUAUUGUACCUGUCAGAGAUCCAAAUACCCAUAUGCCUUAUCCAAAUAUUAAUAUUGGUGACAUGGGUGAAAAAAUUGCGUUAAAUGGAGUGGACAAUGGGUUUGUAAUGUUCAACAACUAUUUUAUUUCUCGAACAUGUUUGUUAAAUAAAACAGCAGAUGUUACUGAAGAUGGGAAUUAUACAGCAUCUGUGAAAGAUAAGAGCAAACGAUUUGGUGCAUCCUUAGGUGCAUUAUCUUCGGGACGUAUUACUAUUACAUCAAUAUGUGCAAAUUUUGCAUCUGUUGCAAUAACCAUUGCUAUACGAUAUUGUGCUGUAAGGAAACAAUUUGGACCAUCAGAAUUGGAGGAAUGGCCAGUUAUAGAAUAUCAAGCGCAGCAAUGGCGAUUGUUUCCUCACUUGGCAGAAACAUAUGCUCUAAAAAUAUUUUCCGCUGAGUUUGUAAACCAAAUGUGCGAGUUUAAUUUCAAACUUAUAACUACAAAAAAUCAAGAUAAUAUUGAUAAUGAAGGUAUGGAAAUUCACGCAUUAUCUUCUGCAACAAAACCAGUAUGUUCAUGGACCAGUCGAGAUAUUAUACAAGAUUGUAGAGAGUCUUGCGGAGGGCAUGGUUACCUUAAAAUUUCACGUUUGGGCGACUUGAGAGCUGAAAAUGAUGUAACUUGUACAUUCGAGGGUGAAAAUAAUGUUUUGAUUCAGCAAGCUAGCAAUUGGUUAUUAAACCAAUGGUCAAAUAUACUAAGUGGAAAACCAAUAAAUUCUCCUUUGGGAACAGCAGAUUUUAUGAAAGAUGCCAACAAUAUUUUAAUACAUACCUUCUCUUAUUCAACAAUCGAUGAAACAAUGAAACCAGAAAAUAUAUUUUUAUCCUUUACGUGGUUAUUAUGUUAUUAUGUAAAACGAACAUAUGAUCAGACACAAACCUUAAAACAUAAAGGAUAUGAUGAUUUUGAAAUUAGAAAUAAUACUCAAGUAUUCUUUGCACAAACAUUAUCUCUAUUAUAUGGGCAGCAUGUGAUAAUGAAGUACUUCAUAGAAUGUAUUCAAAAUCCUUCAUGGAGAACAGAAGAGCGCAAUGUGUUGACAAAAUUAUGUUCACUUUAUGGAGCGGUUAUUUUAGAAAAAAGAUUGGGUGACUUUUAUGCUGGUGGUUACGCGUCACCCAAGAGUAAUAUGGAUAGAUUAUUACGAGAAGGAAUUAUAAUUUUGUGUAAAGAAUUGGUUCGAGAGGCAGUAGCGUUAGUCGACGUAUUGGCACCACCAGAUUUUAUAUUAAAUUCUUCAUUAGGAAUGUCCGAUGGUCAAAUAUAUGAACAUAUCAAAGAAGAAAUAUUCAAAGUUAAAGAAAACUUUGAACGGCCGUCAUGGUGGAGAGAAAUAGUACGAUCAAAAUUAUGACACGUACAUAACAUAUAAUUAAUAUUUUUUGUUGCUAUAUUUUUAAUAUUUUUUAUUAUAUAAAAAUUAUACAUUUGGAAAAUAAAAAUUUAUUACAAAA